AUGGCGUCCGCAGAAAAUGGUAGCCAGCCUGCCAAAAAACGAAAAACUGGCGGCCAAGGUCUCAACAUAAUCAGCCUUGGCAAUGGCAAAACACUUUCAUUGGACGGGUACCUAGGCCCGCUCAAAUCAAAGCCGCCUCUCAAACCCAUUGCAGAGAGCGAAAGAAAAACGACAGACGAUAAACCUGACAAGGAUAUCUCGAAAAGACCCGACACAAAGAGUCCACACUCCAAAUCAAAUAAUGUUGGGGGCGGAGCUCUUCUGCAAGCGAGGCAAGCACUUCCCAUUUGGCGACACAGAAAAGAAAUUCUAGAGCCUUUGCGUGGAUCUGGGAACAAUAUCCUCGUUUUGGUUGGUGAGACUGGAUCUGGCAAAAGUACACAAGUUCCUCAGUUUUUAUCCGAAGAGCCUUGGUGUAGGCGUCAAAAAGUUAAACUUGCAGGCUCAUCAGAUGAAGUUUUUGUCGGUGGCAUGGUCGCCAUUACUCAGCCAAGACGAGUCGCUGCCACAACUCUGGCGCACCGUGUGGCCCAAGAAGCAGGAACGCCAUUGGGAAAAUGGAGAAAAGAUGGCAAAGUUGGAUACUCCGUUCGAUUCGACCACCAGGUGCCCAAGGGCGCCAAAAUCAAAUUCCUCACUGAGGGCACAUUGCUUCAGGAACUCCUGCGCGACCCAUACCUGAGAAAAUACAGUGCCGUCAUUGUUGAUGAAAUCCACGAACGCAGCCUAGAUGCUGAUCUAUUAGUUGGCUUCCUAAAGAAAAUUUUGAUCGCAGGGCCGAAGCAUCGUGGCGGCGCUCCGCUCAAAGUCGUCAUUAUGAGUGCUACUGUCAAUAUCGAAGCUAUCAGGGGGUUCUUUGACGACGAUGCAAUAUUACAGCACAAUCACAAAGGUGCUGAUAUGUUACAGAUCGAGGGUCGACAAUUUCCCGUCGAGGUUCAGCACGAAUCUCGGCCCGUUGCCGAUCUGCAGGACGCGCUGUUGAAACGCAUCUUUAAAAUACACACGGAAGAGCCGCUUCCUGGCGAUAUCCUGGCAUUUCUUACGGGACAAGAGGAGAUCAUCAUGGCCCAAAAAUUGAUCGAAGAGUAUUGCGCAAGCCUUGCCUCCAACGUGCCGAAGAUUAAAGCGGUACCCCUAUAUGGGCAGCUGUCGAUUGAAGCCCAACAAGAGGCUUUUCUUCCUGUUAAGAACAGGUUCACACGAAAAGUUGUCCUCGCAACGAAUAUUGCAGAAACAUCGGUCACAGUAUCCGGUGUUCGAUAUGUGGUGGACGGCGGGAAAGCGAAGAUGAAACAGUUCCGCCCGCGAUUGGGCCUGGAAUCGCUACUCGCUAAGCCCAUCUCUAGAUCAUCAGCAAUCCAAAGAACGGGUCGUGCCGGCCGUGAAGGGCCUGGAAAAUGCUACCGUCUCUACACUGAGGCGAGUUUCGAUUCGCUGCAGUCGGCUGAUCUCCCAGAGAUCCUCCGCAACGACGUUCUCAGCGCAGUCCUCACGAUGAAGGCACGCGGGAUUCAGGAUGUUUUCUCCUUUCCUCUAAUGGAUUCUCCGGAAACGGAAGCAAUCGAACGUGCUUUGGUGCAUCUGCACUUUCUUGGGGCGCUGGAUGACGAUGGGAAUAUUAAUAGUGUUGGAGAGACCAUGGCCAAGCUGCCCCUCUCGGCUCCUUUAGGCGCUGUUCUGAUUGCGGCCUCAAACCCAGAAUACGACUGCCUACUGGAGGUCAUUGAUGUUGUAUCAUGUAUCACGGCAGGCGAGGACAUUUUCCUGGCUGUGCAUCUGGAAGAAGGCCAGGAAGAGGUCGAGGAAUCUCGAAAGGAGCUUCAACGACGCGAAGGCGACAUCAUCACAUACCUCACCACCAUGCAGCAAUACACAGCUGAAAACGCCGACCGAAAUGAGUGGUGUAAGAAGCGAAAGCUCAACACACGCACCAUGAAGCAGGCGCUGAAUAUUCGAAGACAGCUUCGCGGCAUGUGCGUUAAGGAAAAGCUCUUCAAUGAGGCGCCGCCGGCUGACCCGCAGCCAUUCACCCCAACAUCUCCGGGGCGCGCCGAGACAAUUCUCAAAUGCUUUAUCCGUGGGUUUGCAAUGAAGACAGCAAUGCUCGCACCAGAUGCAAGCUAUGUGACCAGCCAGGGCAAGCAUGUUGUGGCCAUACACCCGGCAAGUGUGCUCCACGGGCGAAGGGUAGAAGCCAUCAUGUUUCUUGAGCAGGUUUACACCAAGAAGAACUAUGCGAAGAAGGUCAGCGUUAUUCAGACGACGUGGCUCGUCGAGGCAUUAGAGCGAAAGUACAAACGAUAA